CUCUGGCAAGGUGGCACCAGGCGAUCUAUCAUUUUUUUUUUCUUUAUUUGAUUUUCUUGCCUGCAAGGCCAUGUUUUAGGUGUGUGGGGAAUGUCAAAUAAUCCUGGCCAUGAAGAACGGAAGGGAAAUUGGUAGAAAUGUGGAUGAGAGAAGACAUUUCCUUUCACUAAGGGACCAUCAAUCAUCUCCAAGUAUCUAUGAUACCACAGUGGUGAACCAGUGAAGCCAUGAAAGCUGAGAGGCUUUGUACUGCAAUACUGCCCUCUACUGCCAGGAAGAUUUGCUUCAGGACAAAAGAACAAAGGAAACCACACAGAAAAGGACACAAAGGAAAAUUAAAAAUGGGCUGCUUCACAUUCGUCAAAGUUGUGAUGGUUGUGUUCAACUUGCUUAUCUGCCUGGCGGGCAUGUGUUUGGCGGCUGCAGGGAUAUGGGUGACAGUGGACGAAAAUUCCUUUAUGAAAGUUUUGCCACCCUUUACUGAUGAUUUCGAGAGUCAUGUCAAUAUAGGAGUCUUCUGCAUCACUAUUGGAGCAGUUAUGACUCUGCUUGGACUGCUGGGGUGCUGUGGAGCUCAAAAAGAGAGUAAAUGCCUUCUUAUAAUGUUCUUCUCCAUCAUCCUGCUCAUUUGCAUUGCCGAGACAGCAGCCGCAAUAGUAGCCCUGGUCUAUUCCUCAUACACUGAGAUCAUUCUAAAAACGUGGGCCACACCUGGACUGAAGGAGAAGUUUGGGAAAGAUAAAAUCGUCACAGACUUGUGGAACUCAACCAUGACAACAUUGCAAUGCUGUGGCUUCAGUAACUACACAGACUUCUCUGAAUCCUACUACUAUAUGCAGAAUGAGGCCCGUUACCCCCCUACCUGUUGCGCAGGUCUUGAGCUCUUCCCCUGUGACGACGACAAUGCAGGUUUCAGUAAUGUGGUGGGCUGUUAUAAACAAAUUGUUAAGAUCAUCCAGAGGAACGUCAACAUUGUGGGAGGAAUAGCUGCUGGAGUCACUGCCAUUGAGGUGGCAGCGAUGGGGGUGUCUUUGUACCUCUAUUGCUACCUGGACAAAAAAGCCACCUGAAAGUCGAAUCUUAGAUUAUUAUUAUGUAUUUGCAUCUUUUCUUUAUGUUACAGGAUUAGUUAUUUUAACUGUAGAUAGUACUAUAGAUAUUAUUUAUUGUAGGAUUACAGUUGUAUCACGUUAACAAGGUGAAGUGGAUGAUUAAAUAGUUGGUUAUUUGAUUUUGAAAUUGGAAGUUACGUAAACAUAAUCAUUUUCUUCUGCGGUUGUAAUGUAAUGCAAUUCAUGAAAUAAAAUGUUUCUGUAUCCCCUUC